AUGGACGCUGUUUAUACCAAGAUAGAGGCCGGCUGGGCCUCGCUCGUCUCAACAUACUCGCCCGCAACGAUAGAAUUCGUGGGAACCUGUCUCGUCCAGCUGGUAACAUUUUGGAUCCCGUCAGCCUUCUAUCUCAGUCUCGAUAAAUGGGCACCGGCCUUCUCACAGAGACAUAAGAUCCAGCCAGCUCCCAAACAGCCAACGUCCAAGGAGAUAUGGCACUGCUUCUUCUACGUGUUGAAGAACCAGCUGCUGUCCACAGCCUUGCACAUUCUUCUGCUCACACUCGUGCUGCCGACGUUACCGCCAUUCGCUAUUGCGGCCCGUGACAUUGUGCUUUGCAUGCUGAUGCGUGAAGUCCUCUUUUACUACGCCCACCGACUCCUUCAUUAUCCGUACUUUUAUGUCAGGAUUCACAAACGCCACCACAAGUUCACUGCUCCCGUUGCCCUAGCCGCUCAAUAUGCCCAUCCACUGGAGCAGAUAGGCGCUAAUGUGCUGCCGAUAACUCUUCCCCCACAAAUACUCAAAAGUCAUAUCGUUACCUUUUGGCUAUUCAUGGGCUACCAAUUAUUCGAGACCGCAACCGUGCAUAGUGGAUAUGAUUUCCUAAAUGGAAAGGCAAGAAUGCAUGAUUUACAUCAUGAGAAGUUCAAUCUGAACUAUGGAUCUAUUGGCCUUUUGGACUGGUUCCAUCAGACGGAUAAGCUGAGAAGCAAAGAGAAGAAAAGCAACUAG